AUGGCGAUCCUGCCAGGAGACAAGAAGCCAACAAGACAAGUCGAAUUAGCAACGCACGGCAAAAACAUUAAUGCUGCUGGACGGACGGAGCAAAUCCAUCCGCUAAGUGCUGAUCGAUUAUCGACGAGGAUCGACGCUGUUGGACGAACGCAGUUUGGCGAAGAAGACGAAGAAACCGGGAGAUGUAAAAGGAAGCGGUACAACGGUUGCGGAACAACUUUAACACGAUAUACAGCAGACGCAUUUGGAGCACGUAUAAGAGAGAACGAGACACGAUACGCUACCGGUUGCAGAUCACACAUUAUCCGUCUACACAUCCGUUGUUUUAGCGGCAUUUCUCCACGAACUCAAUGGGGACGUGUAGCUGCAUUGAUCUAUGCACUUUUUGGUAUACCCAUCAUACUACUAUACCUUUCAGCCAUUGGGGAAGGCUUAUCGAGCGGUAUGCGAUGUCUCUUUCGUCGGCUACGACCCAACCGUUCUCCUUCUGGGAGUACCAAGAAUAGCAACAGCAGCAAUUCAAGCGUUGGCAGUGUCAGCGUUCCCAUGAGCAGCAAAGCAACCGUAGCCGAGCUGCAGAAAAGGUCGCAACAACAGAGCUACCAUCAAUCCUGGAACCACGGUGGCACUACCAUUCAUGAUCCCUGCGCAUACGCCCUCAACGCUCACGGUUUGCGUGGGGGGAUGGCUACAAACAGUAAAAUGCACUCCCAGUCCGUUGUACCAAUAUCGAUCUGCAUUAUGAUAUUGAUUUGUUAUAUUACCCUCGGGGCGGUACUGUUUCAUAAACUGCAGCCUUGGGGAGUUUUAGAGAGUCUUUACUUUUGUUUCACCUCCCUUGGUACUAUCGGAUUUGGCGAUCUCAUGCCAAAAGGCACUGUUGCACAAUACGCAGCAUCAGCAUACAUCAUUAUUGGCAUGGCUGUCGUGGCGAUGUGCUUCAGUCUCAUUCAAACAGAGCUCAUUAUUUGGUUGAAGAAGUUCACUAUCCCCGAAUCACUUCCUACAUCCACGGAGGAUUUGGCUCUCGUCUCAGUAGCUAUGACACCGAUAAAAUCUUGACAAAGACCAAAUGAUCUCAUUCCCAACGAAUACAACUCUCUUCCGCGCCGUUCUAGCGCAUUUCAUCGCAACACUCCGGCACGACGCUCUGCUGGUAUUAUGGAGAAUCAUAUGGAAUAUUUCGUACCUCGAAGCGUAAGUGAAUUCAAUCUGUCGGGUGUAGGUGAUCUGGCGCUUCCUCCAGCUAAACGCAACCUGUCUACGCAACACGCAGCUAGCUCAACCAUGCUAGCCGCACCAAAGCCACGAGAGAAAAUGGUAACGUUUGAGGACGAAUCAAAAUUUGUGCAUGGCUUGCCUACCACACCGAGAAAGCCGACCCUGACCAACGAUGUGUUCAUGUGACGUGACGGGACCGGUAAUGGUGAGACGCCUCCGUCGAACCAGUAUCCUAAUGAUGUAAUUAAGGUUUGAUAUUGUAAGAAAACCAUGAUCGCUUUGCCUGCUUUUAAUUUAUUUAACUCAUAAUUACCAAAAGCUUGUUUUCGCAACUCAAAUGGCGAACGCAAUCAGAUCGAUAAAACGGCAAGUGAAUGUAUAUCACGUGUGAAUAGAGACAUGAUGAAUGUUUUAAUAAUCCCAAUCAUCCAAAUGAUGUUUGAUAUGCUUCAUAUUCUUUUUUCCAUGCAAAAUAACGCUAUAGAAGUUUGCAAAUUUAUCCAAAAGACCAACCAUUCCGAUAACAUCUCAUGCGAUACAUUAAGAAUGAACGGGUCUACAAUAUUAGGUUCAUUGAGGAGGUAAAACUCGUGCCAAAUAUUACGUGCAAAGUAGGUAGAAAAUAAGUGAGUGAGACUAAACAAGCAUUCCUUGAAUAGUGACAUUCAUUGAAUAUGAAGUGAACGAAAAUCUGUACUGCACUAUCAUAACUGAUUGAACCCCGUUAAUAACGUCGAUCAAAACUGUACAUAUUUUGUUGUAAAAUUGUGAGGCCAAUAAAAACCAAAUUUACAUAGAUAAAUAUGCUGGUACUAUAAUUGUCGAAACUUGAAGAAAUACUUAGACGCUAUAAUGCCUUGUCUCGUAGUACAGUCGUCAACUGGUACGACUUAACAACAUGCCCGU